AUGAUCAAUAAAGCGCUAAACUUGAAACAGUUUAUGCAACGUCAGAAAACUCUAAGGUUAUAUAGAGAAUUUUUAAAAACAAUUAAGAAUAUACCAUUAGAAAGUGAUAGACAGCAAUUUUAUAAUUGGGUAAAAGAAGAUUUCAAAAAAAAUAAAUUUGAAACUGAUGAGGUUUGUUCUAUCCAAAAAUUUCUUGAGAAUAAGGUAAUUAUGGAAUUUAAAUCUCAAGCCGAAUCUGGAUUACAACUUUUAGAAAGACUUGUAGCACGACCGAUUAUUAAAAAUUUAUCACCUUUAUUACCAGAUGAGUUGACUAGUGAAACCAUAGAACUAAUUGGAAAUGCAUCAACAGGAAAAACUUUAUUCUUGACUGAAUGUGUUGCUAAAUGCAUAACUCCUCAAAAUUUUAAUGGCUUGGAUACAGGUGUUGUCUACAUUGAUCUAGAUGGACAAUUCAGUAUCACCAAGCUAGUUAAAAUCAUUAAGCGUUUAAUUAAAAAUAUUGAUGAUAAAUUAUUGAAGUUCUGUCUAAAUAAAUUAACUUUGAUCAAUUGUUUUGAUAGUCCAACUUUGUAUGUUACAUUUCAAAGAUUAAAACUAUUUCUUACUGAACAGUCUCAAGUGGGGUUAGUUAUUUUGGAUAGUGUUUCUGCAAACUAUUGGCAAGAUUCAGUAUCUGGUGGUGAAAAGUAUAUAGAUACAUAUGUAGAGAAAAUGAUAUCAUCAUUGAAAAUUUGUUUGGAAGAUUUUAAAGUACCUAUUAUAUUUACUAGACAAAGUUAUUUUCAGUCUAAAAAAAGUGAUUCUUUAUUAGAUUGUGUAAAUCGUAAAAUUGAAUUCAAAAGAUUGGAUUCCGAUUUUUAUGCAACUGUAACAAGAAAAAAUUUAAAUCUUUGUUAUAAAUUUAGUAUUAAUGAACAGGGAAUUGGCGAGUUUGAGUUACAACUUUAA